CUCCACCAACCACACUCUCUAACCUUCGUCUGCUGCCAUCUCUUCCAAACCCAUGCGGAGAACCCCCCUGUCAUCACCCUCCAUGACCUCAAACGCGUCGGCGCCAGCGCUGACAGCCGGCACGACAGCGCCCACAUCGCCUUCCCCAGAGUCACCACUCAGCCCCGCGCCGGACCCCGGUAACUUCACUGCAACCAAGAAGCGCAAGGCGCCUGCCAGCGGCGCGAUUCAGAAGAAAGCCAAGGCAGAGCCUAAGAACACACCAAAGACGCCCAAAUGCAAGGCUAAGGCGAAUGGCGAGAGCAAGGAGAAGCCCACCGAGAAGGGUACAUACUGCCAUCAAUGUCGCACCAAAAUCGAACCCGAGAACGUGCUUCGCUGCACCAAGCUGCGAAAGUACACCAAGUCAACGCCCGCGCGCGCGUGCAACUUGGCCUGGUGCGAGCGCGAUUUGCGCAAGCGAUAUGAGGUCGAUCCAGAUGCCAUCAAGGCGCGCGGACAUAAUGUUGACUCCUCCGUGAUGGCCAAGCACGACGGCGAGAAGGAAUACGUCUGGGCAUGUCCCUGCUGCCUGGACGAGUGCCAGAACUCGACCUGUCGAAUUAAAAAGGGCCUGCAGCCUCUCGGUGACGUCGUCAGGCUCGCCGCCGAGCAAGGCGUGACUCCCCUCGAACUUGUCGCCCAAAUCAAUGCCGAUGGGCCUGAACCUACCACAAAAUCCCGCGUCGACAUGUUUGACAUGAUUGACGGCGAGCUCAGUGACCUCGACGCACCUGAGCAGCCUGUAUCAAGAAAGACCAAGAAGGAACCUGCAAGGAAGGCUGCAAAGAAGCCGACCAAAGAAACUAAGAAAGCUGCCCCCAAGCAGAAGGAGAAGUCAGUGCCGAAAAAGGCCGCCAAAAAGGAGACGCCGAAAGUCGCACCCCGGCCUCGCAUCGUAUGGCCCAAGUGCGACCCACCGGAGAUUCCCAACAUUGACACGCGGAUGGGACGCGAGGAAGUCGAGCAACGCAUGUACUUGCGCGAGUUUGUGUGCCGGUUUCGCGAGCUGCUCAAGUUGCCGGACCGCGGCCUUGGCGCACUUGACGACUUUGAUCACCCACUUGGCGAGACAACAGUGCGGCAACUUGCAAGUGCGUUCCUGGGGCUCGUCGCGGAUCCGGGCAGCGAGCAUUAUACUGGCGGCUACGAACCGGAACUCGACAUCGACGUUGAAAACUUGCGCGAGGAGAUGCGAUACGCGGAUCUUGCUCGAUUUGCGUCCAUUUACCAGGAGGCGUCGGACCUGCUGGGUCUCCAGAUGCCACCUGACCCAACUGAGGCAGCACGCCGGCGCAACGAGAAGGCGAUGCGCACGCUUCUCGACCUGGGAGCAGACGACGAGGCACCCGCGUGGGCGAUGGAGGCGGGUCCUUCGAGCCGCCGCGGUGCCUCCCGUCUCCCCGCGCCGAGCGAGGUCGUGCGCAUGCUCCUCGCGCUCGUGGAACACGUCACGCAUUUGGACAUUGUGCGGUUCCACAUGGAUCCCAAUGUGCGGUACUCCGCAAGUGACGAGAUCCGCAAGAUGAGCGCCGCGCAAAAGGAAGAGGCGAUGCGAUGGGACGUUGAGAAGAAGCAGCUGAAUGCGGCGCGGGUGCGCGCCAAGUCGGCGGCGGAUACAAGAGCUGCGCGUGAGAAGUUCAAGGAGCGGGAAGAGGAGCACCACAAGUUGAGCCGCAUGGCGACGCUCAACUACCGUGCCGGGCUUGCGCGGAAGGCGAUGCGCUUUGAGCCUCUUGGCACCGAUCUCGACGGGCGGAUAUACUACACUCUCACGGCGCGUGAGAUCGACCGGGAGCGCUACCGCCCAGGCUUCUGGGCGCGGGGCGUGCUCAUCUGGGGCCGCGGGUGGGGCCAGGAGGAGGACGACAUUCCUGCCUUGGUGGAGCGGUGGAUGAUUGUCAACUCUGGCGAGGAUUUGCGCGCGCUCGCGAAGUACAUUGCGUACAGAUGGCGCACGAAGCACAGCGAGCUGGAGGCUGCGGAGGAGGAGGCAGCCAAGGCGAAGAAGAAGACGAAGGCUACCCCGAAGUCCACGCCUCGUCGGCCAUCGCUCAAGCAGACGGCAUCGGGCCGCAAGGCGGCGGUGAACGGCUACGACUCGGACGACUCGGAGCUUUCCUCUCCGCCCGACGACUUGCUCGAACUCCUCGACCCGCCAGGGUAUGAGCCGAGCGCGGAGAUACUGCAGGAGGAGCAAUUCAAGCUCGAGUCGGGCAUUGGGGAGGUGGCGAUGUUGGUUGAGGCUCUAGAGUGGAAGGGUAUCAGGCCGUAGUCCGUGACACAGGUCGAGUCUGAGAAGGCAUACGAGGCGUAUUUGGGUUGGGAUGAUGGCAUUUGUACAUUGAUGCACGAUACAGUGACGAU